CCACCUCCACCUGUCCCUCCGCUCCGCCCGUCGCCGUCGUUUCCACGGACUCUCUCGGUCUGUCCUCUCCCAUUCCUCGCCGUUCCAGAAGCCGCCACCCUCUCCUCGCCCGCCGCGCCGCGCCACAGCCGCCGUUCGAGCCUAAACCCCAGGGAGGCCCAAUCCAAUCUGUCCGCAUGGCCUUCGCCAGCUCGCUCCUCCCCGCUCCUGUCUCCCGCGUCCGCGCGACCACCGCGCCGGAGCUCGCCGCUUUCCCACCCGCCUGGAAGGGAGUCUCCCUCGCAGCCGCGCGCCGCUGGGGAUCCCGGCACGGAGUGAGGGCCGAAGUGAAUGAAUCUGGAAGCACUUUGGCUGUUGAUGCUCUCUCACAAGUUAAACAUGUUCUGCUUCCAGUCACUGAUCGCAACCCCUACCUUUCGGAAGGCACAAGACAGGCUGCAGCAGCAACCGCUUCUCUAGCUAAGAAAUAUGGAGCAAACAUUACUGUAGUUGUUAUUGAUGAUAAACCUAAGGAGUCAUUUCCAGAGCACGAUACGCAGAUGUCAAGCAUCAGAUGGCAUCUCUCAGAAGGUGGAUUUACGGAGUUUGGACUGAUGGAGCGUCUUGGGGAAGAUAGGAAACCAACAGCAAUCAUCGGGGAGGUCGCUGAUGAGCUGGAGUUAGAUCUGGUUGUGCUAAGCAUGGAGGCAAUCCACUCGAAGCAUGUUGAUGGCAAUCUGCUGGCUGAAUUCAUCCCAUGCCCUGUUCUGCUGCUCCCGCUCUAAUAUGCACAUUCAUCUGAUUCUGAACAUGUCAUGCUUUUGAGGCAAAUGGUCUGUUUUUCUCUUUGAAGAUGUUUGAUUGCAGCCUAAUGUCCGGACAUGAUGCAUUUGUUUCAGAUGUUCAGCUGACAUGGUUCGGUUUGACUCUUGAUUAUGUGAAUAUUUCUAGAAAAUCAGAAUGACCCUUUUUAAGUC